AUGAUGGCCAAACCCACUCUGAGAGGGAAUGGCCCUAACUCUGAGACCUUCCGACAGCGCUUCAGGAGAUUUCACUACCAGGAGGUAGCUGGGCCCCGGGAGGCUUUCAGCCAACUCUGGGAACUUUGCUGUCGUUGGCUAAGGCCGGAGGUGCGCACCAAGGAGCAGAUUGUAGAAUUGUUGGUGCUAGAGCAGUUCCUGACCAUCUUACCUGGGGAGAUCCAGGAUUGGGUACAGGAGCAAUGUCCAGAAAGUGGAGAGGAGGCAGUGGCUCUGGUGGAAGAUUUAGAAAGAGAGCCUGGAAGACCUGGAAGUUCGGUUACAGUCUCUGUGAAGGGGCAGGAAGUGCGCUUGGAGAAGAUGACACCCCUGAAAUCAUCACGAGAGUUAUUAAGUGUUCGGCAGGAGUCAGUGGAACCCCAGCCCAGGGGUGUAACCAAGAAAGAGAGGGCAAGAAGCCCAGACCUGAGACCACAGGAGCAGAUGAAUCCAAAGGAGAAGCUCAGACCUUUUCAAAGGAGCGGAUUUCCAUUUCCUAAAUCCGGUGUGGUCUCCAGAUUGGAGCAAGGAGAGCCAUUGGUCCCUGCUCUGGGCUCCAAGGAGAAGGAACUCUCAAGAGGCAGUCACACAGGAGAUAGACAAAUGCAUGCUGAUCUGUUAUCAUCCAAGAGAGAGAGAAGGACCUGGGUGGAACAGGAUCACUGGGGCUUUGAGGAUGAGAAGGUAGCAGGUGUGCACUGGGGCUAUGAAGAGACCAGAACUCUCCUUGCAAUUCUCAGUCAGACUGAGUUUUAUGAGGCUCUCCGAAACUGUCACCGAAACAGCCAAGUGUAUGGAGCUGUGGCUGAGCGGCUCCGGGAGUUUGGCUUCCUUCGGACCCUCGAACAAUGUCGGACCAAGUUCAAAGGUCUCCAGAAGAGUUAUAGGAAAGUCAAGAGUGGUCACCCACCUGAGACCUGCCCCUUCUUUGAAGAGAUGGAAGCCCUGAUGAGUGCCCAGGUUAUUGCCUUGCCCAGUAAUGGCUUGGAAGAGAGAGCCUGUUACUCUGGCCUGGUGGGCAGUGAUGCUGAGACUGAGGAGCCAGGGCAGGGGGGUUGGCAGCAUGAGGGAGCAGAAGAGGCCAUGGCUGAAGAGUCUGACAGUGAUGAAAUGGUCCAGGAAGCCACCCCCCAAGACCCCGACAACUUGACUGCACCUGUUCUUUUUCGAAGCCCAAGUGGUGUACACUGGGGUUAUGAAGAGACGAAGACUUACCUUGCAAUUCUUAGUGAGACUCAGUUCUACGAAGCCCUCCAGAACUGUCACCGCAACAGCCAGUUGUAUGGAGCAGUGGCUGAGCGGUUAUGGGAAUAUGGAUUCCUUAGGACACCAGAGCAGUGUCGGACCAAGUUUAAAAGCCUACAAACCAGCUAUCGGAAAGUCAAGAAUGGCCAAGCACCAGAGACCUGUCCAUUCUUUGAAGAAAUGGAUGCUUUGGUGAGUGCCAGGGUUGUUGCCCCAUCCAGUGAUGGCCAGGAAGAGGAGACAGCCUCUUGCCCCAUCCAGGAGGUCAAUGAGACUGAAGCUGAGAAGCAAGCUGAGGUGGCAGAAGAGACCAUAGAAGAAGAUUCUGAGGAUGAUGAAGAGGAUACUGAGGUACCCUUAGAGGUUGUCAUGACCCGUGCUCCAGUCUUAUUCCAGAGUCCCAGUGGUUUUGAGGCUGGAUUUGAUAACGAAGAGAAUGUAAAACGAGAUAUUUCUGAGGAAGUACAACUACAUAGGACGUUACUUGCAAGGUCAGAAAGGAAAGUUCCCUGGCAUCUUAAUCAGGGUAAAGGCAGUGACACUGAAUGUAGAUCAGAACGACAGUGGGAAAAGACCCCAGGGGAGAGAAGAGGAAAAUCAACACUCCCAGAAAGGAGUUUAGGUAAAGUUCUAAAUCAUCAGAAACCUUAUUUGGGAGAGAGACCCUAUAAAUAUCUCAGAUACGGCAAAAGCUUUGGUCCGAACUCCCAGCUCAUGCAUCAGAUAUCCCAUCAAGUGGAAAAUCCAUAUAAAUGUGCUGACUGUGGGAAAAGCUUCAGUAGGAGUGCACGCCUCAUUAGACACCGGAGAAUCCACACUGGAGAGAAACCUUAUAAAUGUCUUGACUGUGGGAAAAGUUUCCGUGACAGUUCAAAUUUCAUCACCCAUAGGAGAAUCCACACAGGAGAGAAACCGUAUCAAUGUGGUGAGUGUGGGAAACGCUUCAAUCAGAGCUCAAGCCUUAUAAUUCACCAGCGAACCCACACAGGAGAAAAGCCCUAUCAAUGUGAAGAAUGUGGAAAAAGCUUCAACAACAGUUCUCAUUUCAGUGCACAUCGGAGGAUACAUACAGGAGAGAGACCCCAUGUGUGUCCUGACUGUGGAAAGAGUUUCAGUAAGAGCUCUGACUUACGUGCACAUCAUAGAACCCACACAGGAGAGAAGCCCUAUGGGUGUCGUGAUUGUGGCAAGUGCUUUAGUAAAAGCUCUGCUCUUAAUAAGCACCGAGAAAUCCAUACACGAGAAAAACUUCUGUCACAGUCGGCACCUAAGUAA